AUGUUUAUUAUUUAUAGGAUCCGUCCUCCUGAUUCCAGCACGGAAACUAUCCGUGCUGAGGAAGAAUUCUUCACCGAUGCGUUUUUUUUACAUCGGUGGUACAACGGUAGCCGUGUUCGAGACGGUAAGGCCUUAGUGCAGGAAUGGAAUGCCUUCAUUCAUAACAUCGAGUGCAUUAGCCGUGAGAUCUGGUUCGACAAACUUGAUGCAGCUCGCAUCAGGUUUGAGAAGCGCAACCCAGUCGGGGCGCCAUGCAAGUUGCACCGGCUCUCAAGAGAGGCAGGAUUACCCUGUCUCUCGUGGGGUGAUUCGUGUCCAGGUUGCCUGGACAACCCGAACCGUGCCCCUAGCCCUUCAUCAACCGCAGCGGGUGGGCCUCGUCGUACUGCUCGACGAGACCAAGGACAUCAACAAUCAGCUGGGCACGAGGCUCCCAGCUGUCCCACGCCGGUGGAUAGCCACGCCAGCGGACGAGGUAACUCGUCCGGACGCCAUUCACAUCGCGGUGGUUCAAAAUACGCUCCACCAGAAAGCGUUGACUACCGCCUGAGGUCACCAAAGGAUGUGGUGGCGGUGGGAACACCUGAUCCGGAUCGAGGGUCGGAUCAACUUGAUGUUAAGGAGCUGAACCGUGUAACGGAACAGUUGCAAGAUGACCUGGCUCAUGAACGAUCUCGGCGUUAUGGGCUUGAGGGUCUUGUGAGGGAUAAUUACAAUUCCCUAACGCACGAUCGCUUGGACGAUCGUGCCGCUUUUGCGUUCGCGCAACUUGAGGAAGAACGUUCGAAUUGUGCUCUUCGUGAUGAGCUGGCUGCAGCUCGUCGAGACUUCGCUGAGCUGCGUGAGCAGGUCACUUCGCUAGUCGACCAGACUGGCUCGUUGAAACGGGACCACUCGAAGGUGGUCUCGGCCCUUGACUGUGGAGGUGUUCCUCGCCUCUCGAAACGGGCUCGUACUGAUAGUACGGGCGGAGACGUCCAACUUAAAACGUAG